CUAACCAGGUUACCAUUAGGAUGUGAUCCUUCCAUUUUGUUUAGCUAAGCUAACGCUAGCUUGUACCGUUUUGCGGCAGAUAUGGAUGACGCUGACGAACCGGGAUUAGUCCUGUCGCACAACACCUCUUCGGGCUCUAAGUCGGGUGGAGACAAGAUGUUUUCCCUGAAGAAGUGGAACGCAGUAGCCAUGUGGAGCUGGGAUGUUGAGUGCGAUACCUGCGCCAUUUGUCGGGUACAAGUUAUGGACGCGUGCCUUCGAUGCCAGGCGGAGAAUAAACAAGAGGACUGUGUCGUUGUAUGGGGGGAAUGCAACCACUCCUUCCAUAACUGCUGCAUGUCACUCUGGGUGAAGCAGAACAACCGCUGCCCGCUCUGCCAACAGGACUGGGUGGUUCAGAGAAUCGGCAAAUAAGCACGCCGUCCAGGUGGACUGUACAAAUGCACCAGAUAAUGGUGAUGGACUUCUCAGUGUUCCCGGCAGCAUUUCCUGAGCUGUCCGCUCCCUUGACGGUUGCAUGUUUCCGUUAUACCUGGUAUCAGAAUGAGGACAAUGGACACAGUUUGAGCUGCGCAGAUCGGCGGCUGAGGGGGAUCACGUGUCGAGAAGAGACGAACAAAAUGUGUUGGAGCGUCAAAUGUUUUGCUUACAGUUAUGUGGUGUUUGGCGCAUCUUGAAAAUGUGAGUUUCUUUUUUAAAAGAAAUGAAAUGUGAAUAAUAGUGAUUCAGACACUCUUGAAAUAAAAGUCCCAUUAAUAAAGUGAAA